CUCGAGAUUUCUUCUUUCCCUUCCCCAAACCGUAGCCCGGGCACUGAAAGCAAUCAUGAAGUACGUGCUUGUGUCAGGUGGUGUUAUCAGCGGCGUGGGGAAGGUAAUCACAGCCUCCUCGACUGGCCUGCUGCUCAAGACGAUCGGCCUCAAGGUGUCCUCGAUUAAGAUUGAUCCCUACCUCAACGUCGAUGCGGGGACUAUGAACCCCAAGGAACACGGCGAAGUCUUCGUCCUCUCCGACGGUGGUGAAGUCGAUCUCGAUCUCGGCAACUACGAGCGCUACCUCAACAUCACCCUGACCCGCGACAACAAUAUCACGACCGGCAAAAUCUACCAGCACGUCAUCGAGCGCGAGCGCAAGGGCGACUACCUUGGCAAAACGGUGCAGGUCGUCCCGCACAUCACAGACGCGAUCCAGGAAUGGGUCCAGAAGGUGGCGCGUAUACCCGUUGAUGAUACAGGCGAGGAGCCAGAUGUGUGCAUCAUUGAGCUUGGUGGCACAGUCGGUGAUAUGGAGAGCAUGCCGUUCGUUGAGGCUCUGGCUCAGCUCAGGAGGCGAGCGGGCAGGGACAAUUUCAUGCAGAUCCACGUCUCGUACGUGCCUAUCAUCCAUGGAGAGCAGAAGACGAAGCCCACACAGCACGCUAUCAAGACCGUACGAAGCAACGGUAUGAUCCCAGAUCUAAUUGCCUGCCGCUGCGAGCGCGAACUCGAGCCUUCAGUCAUCGAGAAGCUGGCCAACUUCUGCCAGGUGGAGCCCGAGCAAGUCGUAGUUGUCAAGGACAUGCCCUCUAUCUACCAGGUCCCCAUGCUCCUCGAGCAGCAGAAGCUGAUCCCCCUCGUCCGCCGAUUCCUCGCUCUCGAGAAGAUCACCAUCCCACAAGCCAUGACACAGAAGGGUAACAAGAUCUGGACACAAUGGCAGCACCUCACAGGGAACGACACCCGCUACCACGACCCUGUCACGAUCGCCCUCGUCGGCAAGUACGUCGAGCUCCAGGACUCGUAUCUCUCAGUUGUCAAGUCCCUCGAACACGCCACCAUGCGCUGCAGACGUAAACUCGACAUCCGCUGGAUCGACAGCGACCAUCUUGAGCCCAAGAUGCAGCAGAGCGACCCUGCCAAAUUCCAUAACGCAUGGCACGAGAUCGUCAAAGCAUCCGGUAUCCUCGUUCCCGGGGGGUUUGGUUCCCGCGCAACAGAAGGCAUGAUCGCCGCCGCAACCUGGGCGCGUGAAAACAAGAAGCCGUACCUUGGUGUAUGCUUGGGUAUGCAGAUUGCCGUCAUCGAGUACGCGCGCAACGUCUGCGGUAUCAAGGAUGCAACAUCCGAGGAGUUCAACGGCGACGCAGCGAACAAGCUCAUCAUGUUCAUGCCCGAGGUGGACAAGACAACCAUGGGCGCUUCCAUGCGUCUCGGUCUGCGACCCACGCUUUUCCAGCCCGGAUCCGAGUGGUCGAAACUGCGCGCUUUGUACGCCGGUUCAGAUCAGAUCCUCGAGCGCCACAGGCACAGGUACGAGGUCAACCCGAGCUACAUCGAUCAGCUGCAAGAGGGCGGUCUGCACUUCGUCGGCAAAGACGAGGAGGGCGUGCGUAUGGAGGUUGUCGAAAUCAAGGACCACCCGUGGUUCGUGGGUGUGCAGUUCCACCCCGAGUACCUCUCGCGUGUCUUGGAUCCCAGCCGUCCUUACUUGGGCUUCAUUGCCGCAUCCGCAGGCAUGCUCGAUGAGAUUACACGGGACUACCAGGGCGGCGCUGCCAACGGGCUCGCUGCUGAGGGUGUUGCCAACGGUGUCGCUGGAUUGAAGAUCAACGGUGAGUUCUAGGCGAGUCGCCGGCAACGGGGAAGAACGAGGCAACACUAGAACAGAAGCACAGAAAAUUGGGUCUGGUGGCCGGCAGCUCUGUACUUGAGCUUGGAGUUUGGUGGUUCCAUACUUACGAAAGAAGCCAUAUUGCGGCAUAAUGCCUUGG